AAUCACUUUUUUGGCAUUGAAAUAACUUUUAUUUAAUUUUCUUUAAUUCUUUCCUUUUCAUGCGCUAUAAAACAAGCUUGGAGGUCAUUAUGUCACCCAUCGUUUCCGAUUCUUGGCAAACAAUAAAACGGAGAGUGAAAACAGAGUGGAGAGUGAAAACAAUGGCGUCCCUUAAAGUUCCUGCUUCUGUUCCUCCUCCUUAUGAGGAUGCUGAGCAGCUUAAUAAAGCUUUUAAAGGAUGGGGUACAAAUGAGGGAUUGAUUAUCUCCAUCUUGGCUCAUAGGAAUGCUGCACAACGCAACUUAAUCCGACAGGUUUAUGCUGAAGCUUACGGGCAAGAUCUCCUUAAAGAUUUGGACAAGGAACUGUCUAGUGACUUCGAGAGGGUCGUGUUGCUAUGGACACUGGAUCCUGCUGAGCGUGAUGCAUAUUUGGCCAAUGAAGCCACAAAGAGGUUCACUUCAAGCAACUGGGUUUUAAUGGAAAUAGCUUGUACUAGGUCCUCACAUGACCUUUUUAAGGUGAGGCAAGCAUACCAUGCUCGUCACAAGAAAUCUCUUGAGGAAGAUGUUGCAUACCACACAACUGGAGACUUCCGCAAGCUGUUGGUUCCCCUUGUAAGUGCAUUCCGAUACGAGGGAGAAGAGGUGAACACGAUGUUGGCAAAAUCAGAGGCUAAGACACUUCAUGAGAAGAUCUCAGAUAAAGCUUACAGUGAUGACGAAAUUAUCAGGAUUCUGACUACAAGAAGUAAGGCACAGCUUAAUGCAACACUUAAUCACUACAACAAUGCAUUUGGAAAUGCCAUCAACAAGAACUUGAAGGAAGAUGCCGAUAACGAGUUCCUUAAAUUACUGAGAGCAACAAUUAAGUGCUUGACCUACCCUGAAAAAUACUUUGAGAAGCUUCUGCGGCUGGCCAUCAAGAAGAUAGGGACAGAUGAAUGGGCUCUUACUAGAGUUGUAACCACCAGGGCAGAGGUUGACAUGGAACGUAUUAAGGAGGAAUACCAUCGCCGAAACAGUGUUACUCUUGCUCAUGACAUUGCUGGAGAGGCUUCUGGAGAUUAUGAGCGAAUGCUUCUUGCCUUGAUUGGCCAUGGAGAUGCUUGAGCCAUUUCUUGUGGAUGCGGAAGAGUUGUGCUUUGUAUGAAUGUUGUUUGUGUUGCUUUUGCCGGACACAAUCUUCCUGACGUGAGCUAUUUCUGAGUUGUUUUUUUAUGUUACCAAAAUAAAAUUAAGCAUAUGGAUGGAAUUUCUUGCUAUUUCUGCACGAA